UGGACAGGAAGUUUGGAGAAAAAUAAUGUAGUUUGACAACUGAAAGGAAGAUGUAAUAAUACUUGCAGAUGAGAAGGUUGACAUGCGAGGGAAAGAGUUUGUGAUAAAAUAAGCAUAUAUGAAGGAGUGUCUGCUGGCGGACUGAAUUCAACCCCUUUGCUCCUGGUGGAAAUAAUCACAGUCGGAAAAAGGCUGAGAUGAUGUGGACAGCAACUGUCCUCCUGCUGCUUUUUCCUCCGCUUCUGUCCUCUGCAGACAGAGAAAACAGAGGCAAUUUAAACCAAUCAGAAUUGGUCAAUCAAGGCUUCUCUGAUGCUCCUGUCAAAGACCAGAGAUCUUUUGGCGAGGUCAAAGGUCAGAACUCAUGCAGUAUCCCAUGUGACAUCACUGUCAAGCUCCUGCGAGAUGAGAAACACUCCAUCUGUGGUCAGUUGCAGCAGUCUUUGCUGGCUUUUGGACGCAGCACCCGGAAACUGAUGAGGGACGUGAUGGAGGAGCAACAGAGAGCUCUGGACAUCCUCAGCAGUCAGGUCACAGAGCUGAUGACCAAAGUGCAGACACUCAGCUCUGAAGUUCAGAGAAGCAACACUGAGAUGUACUCCAUGAAACCCGUGCAAUCUCAUGGACGAGACUGCAGUGACAUCAAGGACAACCUGAUGUCAGUUGUCCCCAAGAUCCCCAGCGGCAUUUACAUAGUCCACCCAGAGAAUACUGAUUCUUCAUUUGAGGUGUUCUGUGAGAUGGACUAUAUGGGAGGUGGAUGGACAGUGAUGCAGAGGAGGACUGAUGGUUUAACUGACUUCAAAAGAUCCUGGGCCGAUUAUGUUGAUGGCUUCGGACAUCUUGCAGGAGAACACUGGUUGGGCCUGAAGAAGGUGUUUCAUAUAGUAAACCAGAAAGACACGCGAUUCCAGCUUCACAUUGCUCUAGUCUCCCACGAUGAUGUCACCUCUUAUGCAUCAUAUGAUGACUUCCGCCUUGACAGCGAUACACAGUUUUUCAGUAUACACCUGGGCAGAUAUGCUGGAAGUGCAGGUGAUGCAUUUCGAGGCUAUGACCAGGAACAGAACCAGGACACAGCUCCGUUCAGCGCCUCAGAUGUGGACAAUGACGGCUGCAAUCCUUUCUGCUCCAUUGGCAAUUGCACGGUAGAGAGCUGUAGCAUUCACUACAACCACACCGGGUGGUGGUUCAAUCAGUGUGGCCUGGCAAACCUCAAUGGCUCUCCUGAAGAUGCAGAACGGAACCAGGGACAGAGGAUGCACAUCCUGUGGGACACCUGGAGACACAGUGGAGUCCCUUAUACUAUCAAAUCUGUCACCAUGAAGAUCAGGAGGAUUGCAACCAAUAACUGAGAGCUGACUGGGAGAACUGCAUCACUGUAUGACUGAAAGCUUUAAUAAAACAGGGCACAAUUCU